AUGCGUAAUGCUAUGUACUGCCAACCAGCAUUCUCUUGCCCCGAGCAGGAGGAUUCCUCCGCGACUCGAGACCUCGUGGAACGCAGGGACUCGAGCGAAUCGCGAUCGCCGAGCAGUACCAACACCGCCGUCGGCUGCAAGCGUCGCCGGCACAGCGGCGGAAGAAUCGUCGAGACCCUGGUUCGCGAGAGGCGAUCGAUUCUCCGAGAGCUGAAGAAGAUCGUGCGGGAGCGGGACUCCCUCGGGGCGCGGGUGGAUGCCGGGUGGAAGGCGCGGCGCGGAGAGGAGCGGAUCCGCUGGAAGACGCGGCUGACCGUCGCGAAGCAGGAGUUGGAGCGGCUGCUGGGGAACUCGGAGCAGGCGUGUGUCGAGAUGCUCCGGAUCCAGCACGACCUGGAUCAACAAGUCGUGGAACUGGCUGCGCUGGAAAUGGGCCGUCGGGACCUUCAAAACGAACUGGGAUGCCGCAAGCACGAGAUUGAAACUCUGCAGGAAGAGCGAUGUGCGUUUGCGACCGAAGCGAGCACUUUGCGGAAAGAGAACGCCGGACUCCAAUCUCUGCAGGAGAGCAAGGAGCGGUUAGCCGAAGAAAACGAGCGGCUCCAAUCCAAGGUCUCGGAACUCGAAGACGCCAACGAGCGGUUGUCCGGGCAUCGCGAAGAAGCUUCCCGACUCCGAGCGACAGCGGAGGAUCUCCAGCAACACGUCGAGAACGCAACUGCCGCGAUGCUGAACCUGGAACGAACCAAAACCGAACUAUCGACAGCGAUCGCACGAUCUCGUGCCGAAUGCGCAGACCUGAAACGCCAGUUAAAAGCCCUAGAGAACGAAGAAAAGGAACUGAAAAAUUCCCUCUCGAUUGCGAAGAAGCUCGAAACUCACCUCCUGGAAGAGUCGACCGCGUGGAGAUCCAAGUUCGAACUGGCUCAGAGCACAUGGAAACAAGAGAAAUCUACUUUGGAGAUGAAUUACGAGAAGGAGAUCCGGAACCUGCAGGAAGAGCUCCUCGGAUCCAACGCGGAGCUGGAUCGGUGCAAAAGCGCCGUCGCUGCCAGGGAGUUCGCCUUGAAGGAAAAUGCGGAGGAGAUCCGGCGUCUCGAUGAACAGGUGCAGGAGUGCACUUGGACUCUGCAACAAUCGCGCCAAGAGGCCUCGCAAGCCCAAACGACCCUGGAGCGUCGAACCGCAGACCUGGAGUCGCAGCUCCUCACUUCCACCUCCCUCCACCAGACCCAGACCCGCCAGAUGAAGACGGCCGUGGACCGACUGAGGGCGGAGGCGGGGGAUCUGCACGGGGCCAAUCGGCGGCUCCGGGUGGAGCUGGGGGCGGCGGUGACGGACCUCUUGGCGUGCAAGGACAUCCUCGGUGACAAGAUGACCCGGAUCGAGAGUCUUGAAACGGACCAUGAACGCUCCCGGAAACAGGCGGAGUUGGAGAAAGCAGCGGAGAGGAAUGAGCGUCGCAGGCAGGAGAAGACUACGCUCGAAGAAGCGCUGAACCAGGCGCGCCUAGAGCUCAAGGACAAAAGCACGGAGCUGCAGUGCGCCUGCGACGAGCUCGAGAGAUAUCGCGCCAUGCAGGACGGAGCGCAGGAGACGAUUCGAAUGCAGGCGAAGCAGAUCCAGGACCUCGUGAUGACGCUGAAACACUCCAAGAACGUGGGAGAAAGGUAG